AUGUCUGAACAAGUUCGUAUUUUUGUUCGCGAGUUUGAAAUUGAAAGAGCUUUUCAAAAGCAAGUCGGAAUUUUCCAGAAUCCAAAGGUCAUCAAGAAGACCAAAUCCAGGAAAAAGAGAAUUCCCUGGUAUAAGGACGUGGGACUUGGUUUCAAGACACCAAAAGAAGCCAUCGAAGGUCACUAUGUGGAUAAAAAGUGUCCCUGGAGAGGUAUGGUGUCUAUUCGUGGUCGUAUUUUGAACGGUGUGGUGGUAUCCACGAAGAUGAAAAGGACCAUCAUUGUACGUCGGGAAUACCUACACUAUGUAACAAAAUACAACCGUUAUGAAAAACGUCACAAGAAUUUGGCGGCCCAUCUUUCACCGGCCUUUAUCGGCGUUCAACCAGGUGACACUGUGACCGCCCAUAUUUCGCUAACAUUUGUCUCGUUUGUGCGAUCCAUGAUUAGUCCUCUGUCGAAGACAGUUCGUUUCAAUGUACUCAAGGUUCAGAAGAAGGUGCAAAAGGGUUCAAAACAAUUUGAGAA